AGAGCCCUCUACAGAGACAUCAUGCAGGAGAACUAUGAGAAUGUGGCCUCGCUGGGGUUUCCAGUUUCCAGACCUGAUGUGAUCUCCCAGCUGGAACUAGGGAAAGAGCUGUGGGUCCCAGAUCUUCAGGGCUCAGAGGAAAAAGAGCUCCUAAGAGAUGCCUACACAGCAGGUGAUGGGAUGGUGAUGGAGGAGCAGAAUCCUCAGCAGGAAGAUGCUGAGCAAGUGGAACUAUCUGGGGCGUUAGUGCAAAGAUCCAAAGGGGAUGUGCCCAGGAGUUCUGAGCAGGGAAAAGCCCGUGAGAGUCAGCACAGGCCAGAGAGGCAGCAGGGCAACCAACCAGGGCAAAAGGUGGGUAAAUCCAUUAAUUGUCAGGAAACUCAUGAGGCCCUCAAGGAAACCACAGCCCAGCAGAGAAUCCCCACAGGAGAGAGAAACAACACAUGCACGGAGUGUGGGAAAACCUUCAGUAGCCGUUCAAGCCUUAUUACACAUCAACGGAUCCACACAGGAGAGUGACCCUAUAACUGCUGUGAGUGUGGGAAAAAC